AGUAAAUGAAAAUUGUUCACCUAUACACCCUUGAGAGUACCCUUGAGAGUAUUAUUUUCUAAUACCGAAGAUUAUCUGAUGCUUCGACUUCGUAGCAAGGUCACUAACUGUUGGAUAGCUUGCAGGAUCAAGUCUCUGCUUCAGUAUUUCAGUUGUCUUUCUAUAUUUCUUCUGUGGUGCCAGUGAUUGAGCCAUGUCGGUUGUAGCUGAUGAAACAGCAGGAGACCUGCCUGUGAGAGAUACAAGCUUCAGUCUCUCUGGAGGCAGGAUAUUCCAAGACUCGCCGGUGCCGCAGAAUGUCCGAACGCAGCAGUUGGUGUCCCGCGUGAGCCGUAAGGAGCUGGAGGACCGCUACCUCCGCAUGCACGAGGAGAACCUUCUGCUCAAACAGCAUGCGCACCAGCAGGAGGAAAAGAUCAAGAGGAUGGCGACCAAGCUGCUCCGGUUGGUGAAGGACAGGAAGCGGGAGCAGCAGGCAGGCUUAGUGCCACGGCUGGUGGGCCGAGAUGUCGAGAUGGAGGAGAUGAUGGAGGAACUGCAGGAGAAGGUUCGCAUGCUUGAGAGGCAGAAUGAAGGCCUGAAACAGCGUCUCGUAACGGCCAAGCUACAGUUGCAGCUGCAGGCCCAGGGACGCCGGUAUGGGCCUUAUGGACACGUCAAGCCUCGAGUCAAUACUGGCCUGCGAAAACCCACCCCCAAGAUGCAACUCCCUGGCAGAGGUCAUAUUUCUGUGGAUGAGAGUGCCAGGGCAACCCAGACUCUACUCCCUCGAUAUGGACACAGUCUGCUGGAUGAUGCCAGGGCAGAGAUCCGCAACCUGGAGAACGUGAUCAAGUCUCAAAGGGAGCGCAUAGAGGAAAUGGAGCAAUCGGCCGAGAUUCUGAAGGAGCAGCAGAGGAGAAAGGAGCGGGAGUUUGAGGAGGCGCUCCUGCGUCUCAGAGAGGAGCACGCCAGCGAGCAAAGGUCAAUCGUGAAGGACAAUGUGGAGAUGAUCAAGCUUCAGAAACUGCUGGCUGAGAAAAGCAAUGCCUUCACAGUGCUGGAAGGCAGGUUCCUCCAGCUUCAGGAGAGCCAGAGGAUCCUGAAAGGAAGCCACGAUGCGGUAAUGGCCAAGGUGGAUGAGCUCAGCGGCCAGCUGAAGGAAGAGCAGCAACAGAACCGGGCCCUGGAGAACCAGCUGCACGCCAGCUCCCUGGCUCAAAGCCGUGCCGAGGAGAUGCAAGACCGCAUUCAGGACCUGGAGAAGGAAAAGGACCUCCUCAAGGAGAACUAUGAUAAGCUGCUCAACAGUGCCUUCGACGUGACCCAGGAGCAGAAAUGGAAAACCAGAGAGCAGCAGCUGAAGCUACAGAUAGCACAACUGGAGGUGGCGCUCAAGUCCGACCUUGCCGACAAGAACGAAAUUCUGGACAAGAUCAAGCUGGAGAGAGAGCAAAAUGAAAGCUUGUCGAAGCAGAAUCAAGAACUGCAGCUCCGGUUUCUCGAGCAAAAGCAACAACUAGAUGAAUUAAAAGAUCGCAUGAAGUUCUUCACAAAGGAGACUGACACUGACAUGGCAGAACUCAGUGAAGCACUGAUGCUUAUAAAGGUACGCAAGACCCAAAAGAACGGGGGGCUGGAUUUCCUGCACAAGGUGGACGAGAACCUGCAGCAGGACCUCGAGCGCUGCCUUAAAGAGCUCCAGGUUGCACAUGCCGAAACAGUCCAGGAGCUGGAGAAGACACGCAGCAUGCUCACCCUGCAGCACAGGAUCAAUAAGGACUACCAGACAGAGGUGGAAGCCUUAACACGAAAGAUGGAAGGCAUUAAAAUGGAAUAUGAGCUGAAACUUGAUCGACUCUCCCAGCUGCUUGACAAGAGGGCUGCAAGAGUCAGGAAGCUGGAAGCUCAGCUGAGAGACAUUGCAUAUGGCACCAAAGCACAUGUACUCAAGGCCGAGAUGGAUGAGGACACUGCGGAUGAGUUUGACGAGAUUGUCCAUCUGGAGCGAGGAGAGAACUUGUUCGAGAUCCAUGUGGCCAGGGUGCAUCUUUCCCCUGAGGCCCUGGAAGAGCUGGGUGACCCUGACCCCUGCACCUUUUGCACGUACGCAUUCUACGACUUUGAACUGCAGGCCACCCCAGUGGCACAGGGCCCCAAUCCCUCCUAUGGAUUCACCUCUCAAUACACGGUGCACAUGGACGACUCAUUCUUGCACUACCUCCAGACGGGCGCCAUCACCCUGGAACUGCAGCUGGCCAGCGGAACGGACUUCCGUACUGUGGCUGCCUGCCAGCUGCGCCUGCAUCACGUCUUGGACUUCAACGGCAAGGUGUCUGGCUCAGCACCCCUGAUCGGUGUGACAGGAGAAGUGCAGUCCUUCGGCACAGUGGAGUACUGGCUGAGGCUCAGGCUGCCUGUGGACCAGGCACUCCGCUUGUACCAGGAACGUGUGAAGGCGCUUGGCUUCCUCUCCUCCAGUCACAGGGAGAAACGGCACACUCACCAGGCCUUAGAGAAGUAUGGUACCCUGUCCAUAGCUGCUGGGUUGCGAGGAGAACUCAAUGAGCUUCAUGUCACUGUGAGAGGCUGCAGCGACCUUAGGAGCCGCCAGGCUGGUACCCAGCCAAACCCCUACGUGGUGUACAAACUCUUUGACUUCCCUGAUCGUGACACCCGCAUCGUGCCUGGCAGAAGCAACCCACAGUUUAACGAUGAGAUGGUCUUCACCCUACUGAUGGACGCCAACCUGGACUGCUACCUCCGAGCUGAGAUGCUCAUGCUUUAUGUGUUUGACGACCUGGAAACAGAGAGUCACCUUUAUCUUGGAAAAGCCAAGGUCCCGCUCAUAUCUUUGGCCCACAAUAAAUCUAUCAAAGGCACCUUUGAGCUGACAGAUCCCAGCGGCCAGCCCAGCGGAACCAUCGAUGUGACCCUGAAGUGGAAGGAGUCCUACCUGCCUCCCCCCAGCACCCCCCUGGCUGUGGAACAGACACGGUCCUUUUCCAAGGAGAUACCACAGAAAGCAGAUUCUGUCGGGGAGAGGAGCAAAGUGCUCCAUCCUCCACUGUCUCCUGGCCCAGAGGCAGGCAACCUAAAGCCUGAAAAGAGGACCUUGAUGAAGGAAAAAGCCCAUAGGAAAAAAGUCUCCUUUGUGAAUGUCACAACACCUGAGAGUACAAUCAUAGAGCGAAGUUCAUCCACUUCUGGUGGGCGUGAAACGGUACAAGGGACCUCGAAUCUCAAACCUUCGCAUGAGCUGGUCAUCGAAGAGCAUAAGGUUGCACAGGCACCAAAGAGGGUGAACGAGGAAGAUGAUGGGAAGGAUGAGGAGAUCUCCCAUGUGUCAGAGGGGCAGAUGGCCACGGUCGGCUCAUCUUCCACCUCCGAGGACAUUUCAGAGGAUCUGCUGGAUCUGGAACAAGAUGGCGAAGAAGCACAGGUCACUGACCUCAAUGAAUCUCUACUGUCCGACAGCGACGACUGCAUUGUAGCAGCUCAGACGGAUCAAGGCAGAAUUCAGCCAUCGGAGCGCAUCCGUAUUGAGGUGACUUCCCUGAGGCUGGUUCCAACCUCCCGUGUGGCCGUGGACGACACCAUCUCGCGCCUCUUUGUGGAGUUCCGCUUCCUGGACAUGCCGGCAGUGGAGACACCUCUUUCCCUGCCCAAGCCCCAAGCAGGCCAGACCAUUCACUAUAACUACAGCUCUGUGAUCCACAUGGACAUGGAGAACAACGCAGCCAGACGAGAACUUCUCCGAUCUGUGCUCACGGGAGAUGCCAAGCAGUUGGAAAGUAUUAAGUUCACCGUGGUGAGCGACCCUGCGGAGGAGGACCAGGACCAGGACUGCGAGGAUGUUGGCGUUGCUUUUGUGAGGAUCAUUGAUAUACUGGAGCAGCAGCACGACCUGAUUGACACUAGCGUGGACAUCAUGGACGUGCAGGAUAACCGCAUGGUGGUGGGCAGUCUAACAGUGACAGUGGAGGCCCUCCAGACCCUGAGGUCCAUACAAGAGGAGCCACUACUUGCCAAAUCAUGACCCAUCCCCUGUGCUUGGGACCCCCAAGUCAGAAAACAGCCAGUGACUAACUGCUGCUUCAGUCCAUUCAAAUAUAAUGUGCAACCAGCCAUCAGAUGUGAUAAACUGUCCUGAUAAAGUGUCAAGGUAAACAGUACUGUUUAUAAAACAAAUGAAGGAGGUGAACAGUAAGGAGGAGGAAAAGACAUUAACAUUGGUAUGUUUUGUAUACAAGAUGUGCAUUAUUUUGUUGUCACACUGGUCUUGGAAAACAUGGAAGUUUUUCCCAUGAAUAUUUUCAGUUACUGCCAUUAUUUGAAGUGCAGUUAGUCCACUUUUUCGCUCUUUAUAUUCUGUGCAUUAGCCAACAGACAUUUUAAUUGCAGGAUUUUGUGUAUCAUUGUGCCCUGCUGGCACAGCCUCAAUUUGAGAUGCAUUAUUUGUGUAAUGUGCUCUGUGAACACAUGUACAUUUUUCAGUACACCUUCUCCAUUCCAAAGUGCCAGCUCAGGACCCAAGCCUUUGCAUAGACUUUGGAAACUAAAGUUUGGCGUUAAGCCUAAUCGCUGCAUUCAGCGGAAAGCCAGUUAAGCCUCAUUAUGAGUUCUAUGCCGUAGUGAUUUUUAUUGUAAGUUGUAGAUGAAAUUGCCUGGAUUAAUGUUUUAAUCCACCUCUUUAAAAUGCUAAUGUCCAUUUUAUGCACAUUAAAUCUCAGUGUGCCUUUGCGUUGGUGGGUGCCGUUUCUUGCCGGUUAAAUAAGAGAGGAUUGAAACAGUCAAAGCAAAGACUAAUUCACAUCUUCAGUAGAGGGGUUCUUUGGGGGGAUUGAAUUUGCCUUGAAAGGAUAAAAGGGGCUGAAGUUCAAUAAGUUAAACUGUUUGUUACAAUAUCGGCGAUGAUUUGGUAUUAAAGCUUUAGAUUACUCUGCUAUUACUAUCUAUCACAUAAUUCUAUGUGAAGGUAAUCAAUUUUCUUUUCCCAAGGCAUGGGACAGCACUCUCAAACCGUGAAGCAAUAAACAAUUUA